AUUUUGCCCCUUGGCCCCUGGAGGAGCUCCUGUGCGGCUUCUGUGCUUCGCCUGUAGGCUAAUCACCUAUCGAAAUCCGACAAACCAUAAGUCGGAGCGGUUUCAACGGCCUUCUUGGCCUUCUCGCCAUCGCCGCGCAAGCACGGGCCUUCUCCUGGCUCCCUGCCUCAUCGCCACCGACAGCCAUGCGGGACACCGUCCGGUGAGAACACCAAACAGCGCCAUGCCAUUCUUCUCACGCCGCCGUAAUUGUUCAUCUCGUUUCUGUGUGGUGUGGUGUGCUGCAGGUAUCGGCGUGGGUAUCCGGGUCAGCGUGAUGGCCAGUCGACAGAGAUGGUGCAGUUCUACCUCAACCGCAUCCCAUCGACCCCCCGGGGCGCCAAGAUAGAGGCCAUACUGGCGGACUGGCGCGGCGACUACCACCUGCUGGAGAGGCACCAUGGCUACAUUCAGGUACCUGGCUGCGGUGCGACAGACAGACAGACAGACAGACAGCAUGACGCACACUCUCACUGUCACAGCACUGCAAGUGGUUAUGCUGUGUGGCUGGGUAUGGCUGUGUCUGUGUGUGGCUGGCCGUCAGUGGCUGUUCCCCAUCCGCCAGAGUGGCCUGAAUGAUGAUGCACCGCCGCUGACCAAGGUGGAGGCCGAGUACAUGGCGAAGAAUGAGCAGGUCAAGGGCAGAGUGCUGCGCGCAUACAAGAUGAUGCUAGGUCAGUCAGUCAGCCAGGCAGUCAGACGGGGAGGAGAGGGAGGACCACACACACACAUGGCAUGGUGGGGAGGGGCAGGGCAGGGCAGCAGCCAUGCACCAUGGCAGCCGCACCUUCAUCUGUGCGCCGUUGGUGGUUCCUGCAGAUUUCUACGGGUUUCGCCUGUGUGACGCCAGCGGUGAGGUCGAGCGCGGUGUCGAGUCGCACUACCGCCGCAGGAUCAGCCACCUCAACAACUCAUUCCACAACUACCUGCGCAUCACGCGAAUCAUCAAGUCCCUCGGCGAACUGGGCUACCAGCACUUCCAAAAGCCACUCGUCGAGACACUCAUCAGCGGUGGGGGGAUGGGAGGGUGGUGGGUGGGUUGUGGAUGGGUCCAUGAGAGUGUGCGUGUGUGUGGUGUGUGCGUGUGUGUGGUGUGUGCAGAGAUCUACGAGGGUCGCCCGCCGCCUCUCCGCAACGCCGAGGAGUCGGCUGGUCGAUUCUGGGUGCAUGUCGUGAGGUACGAUAGACACACACACACACACACAGACCACCCAGAGACCCUCACUGAUUUGCGUGUGUGUGUGUGUGUGUGUGAUUCUCAGGGACGAGCAUGAGCGUCAGGCCAUCUGCCGCAUGGUCUUCCAGAAGUAUCGUGAGGACAUACGCGAGCCGGGGGACAGCUUCUCGCUCACAGGUAUGUGCACACAGGCGGGAACACUCAGACACGUACAAACAGGCCAAACAAUCCGAUAGGUGAUCUUGUCUUCUCCUCUGUCGUCCAUCAGUAGCUGUGCCGCCCCCCCAGCCCUCCUCACUCCCCGCUCCCUCUGCGCAGCUCAACGGCGCACACGAGGCAGACACACACACGCAGACGACCGAAGAGACCAUGAAGGAGGCCGCGAUGCCCAAGGCCGAGCUCGCCAAUGGUGUCGAUCCGCAGACCAACGGAGAGAUCGGCCACCACCACCACCAGCAGAACCACGAGACGACAGACGGGCACGGACAGGGGGAGGGAGAGGGAGAGGGUGUGGGUGACGGGGGUGACCAGCCGCAGGCCAAGCGUGUGCAGCGGCAUGAGCCGAUGGAUGUCGAGGGGGCCGAGGGGAGCAUCGAGCACGGCGAGCCGCGCGCGGCUGCCGGACCGGCAGAGCCCCAGGAGAGCAAGAAGACUGUGCAGACAGACAUCAGAAGGUACUUCUCGUAGUUGUGCGUGUGUAAGGGGAGGGAUGGGUUCCUGCCUGACCAAUCAAUUGGAUCGUGAACACGGGAGGGGUUUAGCGCUGCGGCCCGUUUUGUGGCGAUUUUGACAAACGAAAUGGCCGGCUGUUGAUAGACAGACGUUUCGGUGUCUCUGGGACUCACACGUACACAAAACUGAAUGAAAUUCAGUGGUCUAUUCAC